AUGAUGUCUCAGCCCGAAGCGCCGACUGUCAGUACAAGUUUUUAUAAACUGCCACCAAUAAUUACAACAGAGAGAGAUCGGGAGUUUCUCAAGGAUGUCAACACAUUCAUAGAAACGGAGUUGAACGAAGUCAACGACAAAGAGCCCGAACAAAGAUUUCUAGUUUAUAAAGCUGCCUUUAACAAGGUAAUAGACUACACAACAAUCUACAAGCCCGUGCUUGCUGGCAUUCAAAAACAAUAUGAGGACACUAUCGAAGCAAUUAAAAAAGAACAACAGGAAAGUAUCUUCUUGCAGGGAAAACUGCGUGCAAUGGCAUCAGAACCCACAACUCUCCUAAAUUACAAAAAGCAAGCUGAUGAACUUGAAGAAAGAGUUGCCAAGAUAAACAAAGACAAUGAAAGGCUUCAGAAAGAACUUGCUGAUAUUCAGGCCAGCAGAGAAGAAAGAGAGAAAAGGCCACAGACAGUAGAAGUUCCAACACAGCAGUUUAAAAAGGAUACCAGACCGAUCCCAGGUUUACCACUCGACCAAACCACAGAUAUGAAAGUUCUGCGGAAGAAAUAUGAGAGCCUGGACAGACAGCUGAAAGAAAUCAACAACAGCCUGAAAACCAGGUUUCUGCCCAAGAGCCACAAAAGCAAUCUGAAGGAGUCAUUAGAGGACAAAGUUCUUUAUAGAGACCAGCUACUGCUGCAGAAUCAGAUGUACAAAGCUAGAGGGCAGAAACUAAAACUAGCCCUGGAGGCAGCAAAUGCCUACAACCAGGUGAAGCCACCACAUCAGACUGUUGGUGAUGCUGUGACAUCAGCCUUUCAGCAAACCACCUGGAUACUGAAGGAUGACAAAGAAAAAGUCGAAGGAGAACAAGCUGAAGCAACAACUCUGGAAGAAGAUGAUCCAGAGAUGCAACAAGAAGCCGAGAUGAUGCUGGAAUACAUUGAGAAGUUCAAUGAACUCUUUGAAGACGGGCUGUUUGAAGAAGCUGCAGUUCACGCUGCCAACAGCCCGAAAGGAAUAUUGAGAACACAGGCUACAUUGGCGAAGUUCAGAGACGUGAAGAUACACAGCCAGGGUAGAUCACCCCUCUUUGCCUUCUGUGAUGUUCUAAUGUCAUCAGUCAAGGCCGCAGGAAGCAAGCCUAAAGAAGCAUUGUCAAGAGAUUGUGUGGAAGCUGCUCUGAAGGAGAACUGCCCAGAUCUGCUAUUUCACUGGCUUGCUCAAGAUAGAUUAACAGUAUCAUUCCAACUUGGCAAGAUGAUUUCAGACCAUUGUUCUUGCUCCAUUCCUUGUUCCUGUGGUUGCCAGGCUAUGGCAGAAAUUAUCUUAGCCAUGUUAAAACAAGGCAAAGUUCACAGUGCCCUGCACUAUGCCAGGUUGUACAACUGUAUCACGAAUGAAGUUAUCCAAGAUAUUCUUGGUCUUAAUGUAUGCCAGGAAUUUGUAAAUGGAUUAAUGGAAGUUGAUCUCAGUGGAAAAAAGCCAUAUUUAAACCUGAGGCUGGGUGUCAUCCUUGAAUGUUUAGCUGCUCACAAGAAGCAUGACCUUGCUGCUGACCUUGUCCUGGCAAUGCUGAAACCGGCCACAGAAAAUACUGGUAGACAGAAAAUCUUCCAUUUUGUCCCUGGGAAAGCCGUAACACUGGAUAAAGAAACCACAAAAGAGCAGUGGAUGAAGAUCAUACAAAACCUGGACACCUGUGGUCAACAAGAAGUGAGCCUGCAGUUGUUGGCAAUAACUACAGUUCUUAAUGUCAUCAACAAAGCCAUCACCCUUGUACAGGACGACAAGAAAGGAAUAUCAUUCUCGAUGACUCCAGAUGUUUCUCUGUCUCAGACAAGUCCUAAACCUUCCAUCCUCAAAAAACGAGCAGAUAUUGGAUCAGCCAAAGUAUCAGCUUCCUCAAAGACGUCUGCCAGAAACUCCCUGUCCACCUCCACAGAAAAAAAGAAUAUUUAA